UGCACGGGCGGAGAGUACGGCUUGGAUGACAUCAUAUCCUAUGCUAGAACCUCAUCUUGCCCUUCUCAGUGGACACAGCUGGACGCACUGAACGCGUCGCCUUGAUUUUAUCGUACCACACAAACCGUGUGAGGGCAGCCACAGCGCUACUUAGUAUCUCACCCCUCCCAGCCGCGUCUGCGACGUCUACUAGACACCCACUCUCCUCUAUCGUCUCGUGGCAUCUUGCCAUUGACUUCUAUCUCCCCAGGUGCUGCCUCGUGGACGAGGGAACAAUCAUAAACAACAUGGCUGAACAACAGCAACAGCACGCGCCAGGGGGGCACUAUUCCGGUGCGAACCCGGUACCCACGGUGAAGAAAUUCAUCCAGAAUCUUGACAAAGACAAGGCCGAGAGAGACCGCAAAAUAGACGAACAGGGUAUGAGCGCUGCAGGUGGAGGUGCUACCAGCAAAGUUGCUCCCCACAAGCCUACGAAACAUGGCGUAAAAGGCACACAGAAAACUGUCACCGAUCCGACUACUGGCAAACAGGUAGUAAUUGAAGAUGUCAGUAAGGAUAUGGUACACCAGGUCGAAAACCCAACACUAUCUGUACCUAACGCCAAUCUUGAGAAGGACACUACAGACCAUAAACAGUCCCUAGAGGAGUACAAAUACAACCAAGAUGUCACCGCACCACCUGACCCAAUUGCUGAGGGUAGUACGUCCGACGUUCCUAUUCACGGCGAGAAGACGAAUAUCCUGUUCCACCCUACACCUGCAGUCAGCUACGAACCAAUGUUCGUUGAGAUCGAGAAGAGGGCAGGCGUGCUGUCUAUCGCUAUACUGGCUGCUACAGUCAUUGUAGGAAAGAUGUUUGGCGGAGCCUUGAAAGGGUUGAUUCCCUUGGGAAUGUGUCUUUCCUCAGGAGUCUGGCUGUGGAUGAAAGAAGUCGUGAGAAGCGGUAGAGAGGUAGAAUGGCACAGCGAACAGACCCGUGGCCAAAUCGCCACGGCUAACCUGUUACCGGAGAGCGUGGAGUGGAUGAAUACACUCUUGUCCAUUGUUUGGGGACUGAUCAACCCAGACAUGUUCCAGGGAGUUGCCGACACUCUCGAGGAUGUCAUGCAGGCUUCAGUCCCGGGAAUUAUCGAGAAUGUCAGAGUCGCCGAGAUCAACCAAGGCUCGAACCCUCUUCGCAUCCUCAGCUUGAGAGCCCUUCCCGAUACACAUAUGAAGGACAUGAAACAGGCCAUUCAUGAAGAGAACAAGAAGACCAAGGACCCCCAAGAAGCUGCUGCAGAUGAGGAGGGGGGUGAUUACUACAACCUGGAAUGUUCCUUUGCCUACCAUGCUCAGCCAACUGGAAAGCGUGCCUCUGACAAGGCUCGCAACAUGCACAUGCAGCUAGUUUUUUAUCUUGGUAUCAAGGGCCUCUUUGGUGUUCCUCUACCCAUCUUUGUGGAACUUCAAGGUCUUGUCGGAACCGUUCGGUUGCGUAUGGCCAUGACACCAGAGCCACCAUUUUUGAAAACGCUCACGUUCACCUUGAUGGGCACACCCCAGGUGCAAGCAGGCUGUAUUCCUAUGCUUGAGAAGGGAGUAAACAUUUUGAACCUUCCCCUGAUAUCAAACUUCGUCAACUAUGCUAUCAAAGCCGCCUCAUCCAUGUACGUCGCUCCCAAAAGCAUGUCAAUCGACAUGCGAGCUAUUUUGCAAGGAGAUUCGAUCCAAAAGGAUGUUGAGGCACUGGGAAUAUUAUGGAUCCGUAUACACCGCGCUGUGGGACUGUCUAAGCAGGACAGGCGUGGCUCCGAACACGGCGGAAGUGACCCCUAUAUCACGCUCGCGUUCUCGAAAUACGGCAAACCGAUGUAUUGCACUAGAGUCAUUACUGACGACCUCAAUCCUAUCUGGGAGGAAACUGCUGCUCUAUUGGUAACUCCCGAACUGAUCAAGGCUGACGAGAACUUGUCUGUUGAGCUAUGGGAUUCGGAUCGCCAUACUGCCGAUGACAUUGUCGGAAAAGUCGAGCUCUCCAUGCAGAAGAUGAUUCAGCAUCCGGGCAAAAUGUAUCCUCAAGUCUCGAAGUUGAGUGGAUUGGAUGCGGGAAGCGAAAUGCCCGGCGAAUUGCAUUGGGAAAUUGGCUAUUUCGGCAAGCCUCAAUUCCGACCGGCUCUCCGAACCGAUGGAAAGAAUAGGGCUCUUCCAGAUGAACUAAAGGAUGACCCUGCCCUGCAAGAUGAGAAGGGUGUAAUCAACACCGAACAGGACGAUGCGGUUAUGCAUACACCUCCGGAUCCACUGUGGCCGAGCGGAAUCUGUAGCAUCAUCGUUCAUCAAAUCGUCAAUCUCGAGUUAGAAAAUGUCAAAGGUAGCAAUGGCAACCGUAAAGGAAGAGAAUAUGAGCCCGCCAAGCCAUACGGUGAACCAACGGAGGAGACGGGUGGGAACUUACCCACUAGUUACUGUACCAUUCUCUUCAAUGACCAGCUGGUUUACCGGACUCGUUCGAAGGCGGUCUCAUCGCAGCCAAUUUUCAAUGCUGGUACAGAACAAUUUAUUCGAGACUGGCGCUCUGCGAUCAUAACUGUCACUGUUCGCGAUCAACGCAAUCGCGAGCACGACCCAAUCCUCGGUGUUGUACCUUUGAAGCUUUCGGACAUCAUGGAGACGUCAUCUCAGGUUACUCGAUGGUAUCCUCUCGAUGGUGGAAUUGGAUUUGGCCGCAUUCGAAUCUCCUUGGUCUUCCGCUCUAUUGAAACUCGACUUCCGCCGAAUCUUUUGGGCUGGUCUGUAGGCACAUUCGAGUUCCGCUCCGAACGAAUUCUAGCUGUAGGCUACAACCACGCCGCGAAGCUUAAGCUUCGCACAGGUGGUAGCUCAGGAAAGAUACCACGCAAUGCAGCGCAGAAACUUGACGAGAAGGACGGCUAUUUCUGGGAUUUGGACGCAAACGAGGGUAAGAACAAUGUUCGUCUACCAGUCAAAUACCGAUAUAGAUCGCCCAUCGUAUUCGAAUUCCAUAUCGCGAAUAAGCGGAAGGCAGAUGCAUACGCUAUCAUCUGGCUGCAGCAUUUCGUCGAUAAUGAAGAUCAGGACAUCAACAUCCCCAUUUGGACUACUGCUCAUCCGGCUCGUUUGAGGCAAAACUAUAUCACAGAGGACAAUUGCAGCAAAGAGCCCGGUCUUGAGGAUUUGAAGGAGAUCGGCCGUCUGCAGUUCACUGCACGGUUCAAAGCUGGCACCGAUGAAUCCCAUGAGGCCUUCAUCGUUGAUAAUGAUUCAAGAGAAACCUAUCAAACCUGGGAAGCAUGCUUGACAGAGGGUGUUCGUAACCGCAAGGUGGACAAGGAGCUACCCGAUCGCGUUAAGCAACUGCACGAUGAAUCACUUACGGAAGGCCGGGACAUCCUCAAGAACCACACUGAUGACAACGAGAAGGAGAGAUGGCUGUCAAAGACUGGGGAGGACUGGUCUGGCGCGUUUGGGCACGAUCCUAAGGCCUACAUGGACACGAAGGGAAAGAAAAGACGCGAACCUGGAGUGGAUGAGCCUCUACACGACCCGCAUCACCCCAGUGAUGACCCGGACAAUGACGAUGACGAUGAUGACUAUGGUUCUUCUGAUAGCUCGUCUGACCUCGGCAUUCAAGAUGCUGAGACUACCGGAAACGCGGAGAGUCCCAAUGGUGAGCUCAAACACGCCGGCACCGAUCUUUCUCCUUCAGCGCCCCGUGUAUCACAAAGCACUGCUAGGACCCAGACCACGUAUACCACUAGUGGCACGAAUGGCUCCGUAGACAGGUCUUCGACAUUGAGUGAGAAGGACACAAAGAGACAGAACAAAAGGACCGAGGAGCGAAAGCAGCGAGGCCUGAUGCAGUGGAAGCCGGCAAGAAAUGCACGUUUUGCGAAAAGUCAAGGUCGCAUUGGAAUCAGCAAGUUGAAGAAGAAGUUUACCGGCGGUCUUGAUGGAAGGCAGCCUGGUGUCGAAACCGAAACCGGAACGUAAUGAUUCCCAAGUCCCUUCCCACAAUCUCUCCGUCAACAUUUCAAAUCCGGAAUCACGGUCGACACGGUCAAAAGGGACCUGAAUCAGUGGAGGCAACGUGUAAUUGGCAUAAGGUUGCUCAUCUU